AUGCCCCAAAUCAGGCCCUGGUCCCGUGCCGAGCGCUUCAUUUUCUACGGAGUCAUCGGCUUUUGGGCAGAAGUUUGCUUUACUGCAACCUGGGAUGCUGUUGAAAAUGGGAAUCGAAAGCUGAUCGGUGUCACUUCAAUGUACGUCUUCUUUGUCUAUGGAAUCGCCAUCUCAGUUCUCGAGAUUCUCUACAAAUUGAUGAAGCACCGAGUCCCAUUGUUAAUUCGAGCUCUAAUCUAUAUGGUCUUUUGCUUCACUUGGGAAUUCUCCUUCGGGAUGUUUUUGAAGCGUUGGGAUGCCUGUCCUUGGGAUUACGCGUCUUAUUUCACAUAUCAUUUCAUGGGCGCUAUCACAGCCGAGUACAUUCCUGUUUGGUAUCUGGCAACGAUAUUCUGUGAAAAGGUUGUCAUCAAAUGUAUGCUACAGGCUCGAUGGGAAGUCGAUAGUGAUCAAUUCAAGAAAAGGAAU